ACUACAACUAUGCCCACGUCCGCAGCAGCCAAGGUGCUGGCCGAGGUGUAUCGCCUGCACCAUAUCCCUCUACCGCCCAUCACGCUGCAGGCGCUGCUGAAACGCGGUCCGCACGCCAGUCAGGCCGUCGCGGCGUCUUUGCAGAACGAUCCACAGGCGCUUUCCAAGUGGCGCGAGGCGAAUGCGCCCGCCAUCGUCACGUCCGCGCAGCUGCUGCAUCGCGAAGUGCCCAUUCGCAUCGCGCGUCGCAUCGUGGACCUUGAGAACCUGCCAGAUGAGCUGCCGCAGGCCACACCCAUCGUGUCACUGCGCGAGCAGCUACUGGACAGCUUCGACCGCCUCGUGAGCUGUUCGCUGCCCGCCAACCUUGCUAGCGAGCACGAUUUUAUGGAGCUACACCGCAAAAUCCGCAAGAAACAUGCCACUAUGCACGGCAACAUCGCCGAGGCCGUGCAGGCGCUCGAGUACGAGCCCCAAGGCCUCAGCGAGUCGCUGGACAACUUCUACAACUCGCGCAUUGGCAUCCGCAUGCUCGUAGAUCAGCACGUCGCCGCCCAGACGCCUAAGCCUGGCUUCUCAGGUAUCGUCAAUGACGAGACGUCGCCUGUAAAGAUCGCACGGGACAUUGUGCAACAGGUGCGUCCGUUGUGGCAGCAGAGUCUCCGUGACGAACAACUGCCCGAGAUCAUUGUCAGUGGCGAUGAAGAAGCCACCUACCGCUACGUGCCUCAGCACAUCGAGAUCAUCUUGACUGAGGUGUUCAAGAAUGCUGUGCUGAACAGCGUCGCGGCUGCUAAGAGAACGGGAGCUUCGACGCCUCCGCCUGUCAAUGUGUUGAUCUCUGGCGGACAGCACGGCGUGUGUGUCAAAGUGUCGGACCUGGGCGGCGGUAUGACCCGCAAGGAAGCCAACGAAUUGUCCAACUAUUACCACACGGCCACGUCCCCUACCUCGAGUGGAUACGACCCUGUAGCCGAGGUGUUGGAGAGACGCGCCAGUGGAUUGGACUUCUCGGACUCUUUCGGAUUGCGUAUUGCACAGCUGUACGCGAAGUACUUUGGCGGUGAACUAGCUAUUAUGCCCAUGGAAGGACACGGCGUGGACACGUAUAUUUACAUGAACUGCCUCACAGGCGCCUCGGAGGUCAAGUAAGUUUCGGAAGGUUUCCAGCAGGGUAAUUGACAAAUGCAGUAUGUAUGACUGUGUUGGCAACUGUAUAAAA